GGAGAUGUAACAUGUUUUGCUACUAAUGCCAUUGUCGAUACCGUCCCCUCAAAUCUUCAACUUCGAGGAGGACCACUCUCUCAGUCACUUUUGCACAAAGGUGGGCCAAUGCUUCAGAAAGAGUUAAAUGCCACCAUGCAGGAAACACAGAGGAAAGUAGGUAGCAUAUUCAUGACAAGUGGCUGUAAUCUGAACUGCAAAGCUGUGUUUCAUGUGGUGGUUCCAGCAUGGAAUUAUGGAACAGAUUCUUCUUUGCAGAUUAUGGCAAAUAUAAAUAAAACAUGUCUGAAAGCCAUAGAACAAUUUUCUUUCUCUUCAGUCAGAUUUCCUGUGAUUGGAACAGGAGGAUUAAUGUUUCCCAAAUUGAUGUUUGCUGAUCUAAUCCUUUCAGAAGUGUUUAAAUUUAGUAGUACUUUGUGGCAAAAAACUUUACAAGAAGUUCACUUUGUGGUACUACCAAAUGAUUAUCAAGGCCAUCAGGCAUUUUUAGAUGGGUUUACUAAACGAUCAAGUGAAAUUUUUGAUAUUAAGAUGAAGAUGCUAAACUCUGGAGGUACUACUCAAGCACUUUGGGACUUUACCAAAAAAUUGCCCCCUCCCACAAAUAAACCUUUGUAUUUCGGAAAGACAACACGAUCACCAAUUUUUCAAGCAUGUGGUGAAAAUGUAAAACAUGUUGUAAAUGACGUCUUCUCUAUACAAAAUCUGACUGACAAUGGACAACAUUCAUGUAGCAGUGAAGCAGACUGCAUCAAAUAUUUUAAUGAAAAGAAAGUUAUGGUCCCUUUUUACUGGAGCAAUAUGGAUCAACAGAACUUCUUCAUGGAAGUCUUACCUUCUCAUGAAGAAUAUCAAUAUGUGGCAAACCAGUUUAAACAGAGCUGCUCAAAGUUCACCAUAAUAAAGAUUAAGAGGAUCCAGAAUCUAGACCUUUGGAAUACCUACCAGAUUAGGAAAGAAAUAAUGGAUGCCAAAAAUGGUAACAUAAUCAAUGAAAAGCAACUCUUCCAUGGGACAGAUGUUGAUUCGGUGCCUUAUAUCAACAGAAAUGGCUUUAAUCGCAGUUAUGCUGGAAAGAAUGGUAGUUCAUAUGGAAAAGGAACAUACUUUGCAGUUAAUGCCAAAUAUUCUGCCAAAUACUCUAAACCAGAUGCCAAAGGAAAUAUGUAUAUGUAUUAUGUGCGUGUUCUCACUGGAAUUUACACAGCUGGAAAUUAUGCCAAAUUAAUUGCACCUCCUCCAAAGAAUGAUCAGAAUCCUACUGAUCUGUAUGAUACUGUCACAGACAAUGUGCAAAAUCCCAAAUUAUUUGUUGUUUUUUAUGACUACCAAGCUUACCCAGAGUACCUCAUUACUUUUAAAGAUAAUUUUUGAAGAAAUUAUUCAUCUCCAUAUAUCUAGCUGUAAAUUGAGUUUUUGUUCUUCACCAGAUUUUAUCUAAAAUCAAAGAAUCCUUACACUAAAAAUUAGCUUGCCAUUCAAAAUUGGCGUCAACCAAUUUGUAAGCAAUACAUUUGAACAUUUAAAUCAGAUAACUUAGUUAC